AUGAUAGAUAUAGAGCACGAGGCUGUCUGCAAGCUCCGCCGCUCCUUGUACCCCACCUGGCCAGCUGUCAUCGACCCUAAGGUCCACAGCAUCGUGGAAAGAGCUGUAAGGAGCAUUAUGGGCGAGCUGUCCAAUGAGCCCCAUAGCAAUCUGCUCAGCCCAUCCCAGGUGGUUGUGGAGGUGGUGCCCAGGCUCCUCCUGGCCCUGUGGCUUCAGCCAGAGGAAGGCCAUUCAGGACACCCAAUCCUAAUAAGCGGGAUGGCCGUGGGCAUGGUGGCGGCCGUAGUGGAGAAGCUCUCCAGCAUGUUAAAGGCCCCUUCCCCUCAAAUCCCUUUCUCCCGGGCUGCGGCUUUUGAAUCUGUGCUGUCAAUCCUCGGGAGAAUCAGUCAGUCCUUCUCCACGGAUGACCUCCAGAGCCCAUUUUAUAUGAGAUCUGUCUGUGCCCUUGUGGCUGACGAGGUACAGAGCUGCUUCCAGCCCCCUGCAGCCACCUUUCCAGUCCUCCCUGUCGUCGCUGCGGCCAUCUCCACUGCACCUCCAGACAUCCUAGCAGAGGCAGACCCGGCUUCUCCCCACAUAGAGGUUGUGAAUAUCAACGCAAACACAGAGGCAGACCAGGCUUCUUCCCACCUGGAGGUUGUGGAUUUCACCGCUAACACAGAUGCAGACUCUGCAUCUUCCCACCUGGAGAUUGUUGACAUCACCGCUAACAUAGAGGCAGACCCUGCUUCUUCCCAUCUUGAGGUUGUGGACAUCACCCAUAACAUACAGUUAGACACAGCAUCUUCCCACCUGGAAGUUGUGAACAUUACACGUAAGACAGAGGCAGACCCGGCCUGUUCCCAUCUGGAAGUUGUGGACAUCGGCCAUAAAACAGAGGCAGACAGAGCUUGUUCCCACUUGGAGGUUGUGGAAAUCACCCCUAAGACAGAAGCAGACCCGGCUAAUUCACACCUUGAGGUUCAGGACAUCACCUCUAAGACACAGCAAGAUCCAGCUUCUUCCCACCUUGAGGUUGUGAACAUCACCCGUAACAAAGAGGCAGAUCUGGCUUCUUUCCACCUGAAUGUUGUGGACAUCACCCCUAACAGAGAGGCAGAGCCCAUCUCUUCCCUCUUGGAGGUUGUGGAUGUCACACCUGAAGAAAGGACUCUCAAGAUGGCCGUCUUCGCCACUCUGCCAACUGACAUCCAAGCAGAGGAUGUUGCUGUGGUCAUCUCAGAUGUCACCCCACACGUCACCAAGGAUGUGACACUGGAUGUUCCAUGCAGAGCUGCAUGCAAAGGGAAAGUCCGGCGAUUUUUUUUCAGGCUUUGGAGGGCAGUGUGCUGCUGCGCCUGCCACAAGGAAGAGAAGGAACAAUAUUAGUUAUUCAUCAGACCUUCAGAAAUGGGAUUGAACCAUAGACCAUUAAAUUAUUUGCAUUAUAAUAAUUGGAUUCAAUUCCGCUUUUCCUGUUUACUACUCAAUUUCAGAACAUUUCUAUAAACUUUGACUUUGCAAGUGUGGAGUAGGUUGUGUAAAUAAGUGGGAAACAUCACAAUUUUAAUGCUUUUAAUAAUUUACUUUCUACAUGUAAAAGAAAAAGUAGUAUUUGACAACAAAAAAAAAGGAGGGAGCUCAACCAACGUUGAGUUGAGGUGCAACCAAAAACCUUUAAUCAUCAUAGAAAACGAAAAAGCGCAACUCUUGCGCACUAUAAAAAAUGCAUGUUUUAUUCAAGCAAGGUUAAAAGAUGAACAUUUUGGCCUAGUCUAUGACGAUAUGCAAGUUGUGUUUGCCCAGUAAAAGGGUGACCCAGACUCACCCUGGUUCUUGAGGGUUGCAGACAAUGAAAAGAUAUCAUUAAGUAAAUGGGACUUUUCAAAUCUUGAAUAAAAAUAUUUAAUGAACAUGAAUUUAAAUACAACCGACUUGAGGAUCAGAGCGGGCUGGCUGACUAGCUAGCCCUGAAAGCCCUCUGCCUCUAACUCUGUGUGGUUCAUCUCAGCCAAUAGGUUGUGUGGGUUGUCUUUCUCUCUGUGGGUGUGAAUCACUAUGACCUCUCCCUUGGCCUGCCUGUUGGCCUGAUCAGAAGGCUUGUCAUCUCUUUCCUUGCUCACAUGAGCAGGAGGAAUGGCAUCUGGGGUAACCUCCUCCUCUCCCACCUCUCCCUACUGUCUGUGUUCGACUGAGGUCACUCGUUCUCUCUCCCUGGGUGUUGGAUAAUUCCUCCUCCACUGUGUCGGAUAGUUCCUCCUCCACUGUGUCUUUGUGAGCUUGAAGGGAGUUAUCAUGUUCUGGCUACCUCUUUAGGGGUGUGCACCUUAAAUCUCUUUCGGUUUGUUGGGGGGUUCAGUUGUUUUGGGGAGAGUCUGAAGUUCGAUCUCUAACAAUAAGUGUGGGGGCUGUCCUGUGGGGGUGUCCCCGUCCCUCCUAAACUGUAAUGACUGUGAUGAUGAAAAAGUAGGAGGAGCCACCGAGACAUGUGAUGAGAGUAAGGAAGAGCACUCUGCAAGGACAGGAUAGGACACAUCACAACACUGCUGCUCAUUCAUAUUCAAACCCACUAUAGACUAUGCAUGCACUCAUUGGCGCUACCCCCCACACACACACAAUGAACUUACCUGUACAUAUCAGAAUCAUACAUUCAACGGCCACCUCUUCCACAACAUUUCUUGAUCCCCCACCUCAAACAUGUUGAGUCAAUACCAGAUGCUGGAAAGGUGCUGGAAUGCAGGUGCAGAAGGGCCUAGUAUGUAAUGAUGUAAUACCAUGCGUACCCCAUAUCCUGUGUUUGUGGUGAUGUUUUUGUAUUGAACCUUUAUUUAAACAGG